AAGCAAACGGAAGUGGAGAGGCAGAAGAUCGUGGCCGAAUGCAAGGAACUCCGGAGCUUCCUGGAGGAGAAGGAGCAGCUCCUGCUGUCCCGCCUGGAGGAGCUGGACAGAGACAUCGGGAAGCGCCGGCAGGAGAGCGUGUCCCGGCUCGCCGAGGAGAUCGCCCCGCUCGACAAGCUGCUGGCCGAGCAAGGAGGGGAGAGCGGCCCGGGAAAGCCGCCUGGCCAGGUGACAUUCCUGGGAUGUGGCCUCCCCACCGGGGUGGAAAACCCGGGAGAACCUGGCGUUGGGAUGCAAAUCCCUUUGGGAGGGGGCUGGGAGCCGCUCGGGGUGUUGUCCCGGCUGGAAGCAGGUGAUCUCUCUCUGGAUCCGGACACGGCCAACCCUUACCUGGUGCUCUCGGAGGACAAGAGGAGCGUACGGCUCCGGAGCGCUCCCCAGGAGCUGCCGGCUAAUCCCAAAAGAUUCGAUUAUUCCUUCUGCGUCCUGGCGGCGGAGGGAUUCCUGACGGGGCGGCAUUACUGGGAGGUGGAGGUGGGAGACGGAGAGAGCUGGGUCCUGGGGGUGGCCCGCGAAUCCGUGCGGCGGAAGGAAAAAACCGACUUCGCGCCGGAGGAGGGAAUCUGGGCGGUGGGGUUGAACUGGAAAGGGAAAAAUUGGGAUCAGUAUCAGGCCUUCACCUCCCCGGAGACUCCCCUUUCCCUCUGCGAGAGGCCCAGGAAAAUCGGGGUGUACCUGGACUACGAGGGGGGGUGGGUGGCGUUUUACAACGCCGACAACAUGGCCCCCAUCUUCACCUUC